UUCCCAUGUGUCUGCCUCUUUGGUCUUCAAACAUCUUGCCAAAACUGAGCAGAUCUCAUGAUGGCCAGUGUCGUGUAUUACUAUUAUGAUAAUGAUCAAGGCCUCUUAUAACCUUCAAGUUCCGAAACCCUUUCUUUCCAGACUCAGUAUCACGAAACUUCAUUGACUUGAAAGAGAAGAUAAUGGAUAACAGAUCACACCAGAAACUAGCCAUUGGAAUCGAUCUUGGAACCACUUACUCAUCUGUUGCUGUCUAGCAACAUGAUCGAGUAGAGAUCAUCGUGAACGACCAAGGAAACAGAACGACGCCAUCUUAUGUUGCCUUCAGUGAUACUCGAAGGAUGGUCGGUGACGCCGCCAAGAACCAGGCUGCACUUAACCCUACUAAUACUAUCUUUGAUGCAAAGAGGUUAAUUGGUCGGAGGUUUAGUGAUUCUCAUGUUCAAAGUGAUAGAAACCUUUGGCCAUUUAAGACCAUUGGUGGGGUCGAUGAUAAGCCCAAAAUUGUUGUGAAUUUUAAGUCCCAAGAAAAACAAUUCCUACCUGAAGAAAUCUCAUCCAUGAUAUUGGCAAAGAUGCGUGAGAUAGCAGAGAUAUAUCUUGGUUCAACAAUUAAGGAUGCAGUUGUCACUGUGCCUGCUCAUUUCAAUGACUCUCAACGUCAAGCAACCAAAGAUGCAGGCACAAUUGCUGGCCUCAAUGUAUUGCGAAUAAUCAAUGAACCCACUGCUGCGUCAAUUGCAUAUGGCCUCGACAAGAAAGAUAUCUAUGACCAUGAGAGGAACAUUUUUGUGUUUGACCUUGGUGGCGGUACCUUUGACGUGUCUCUCGUCACAAUCGACAAGGGUGACUUCGAAGUUAAAUUACUUGAUGGCGACACACACCUUGGGGGAGAGGACUUUGACAAUAGAAUGGUGAAGUUUUUUGUGGAAGAGUUCAAGGGGAAGCAUAAGAAGGACAUCAGUGGGAGUCCAAAAGCCCUUAGGAGAUUAAGAACUGUCUGUGAGAGAGCAAAAAGGACGCUCUCAUCUCCAUCCAUUGUUGAAACAGCCAUUGAGGUUGAUGCUUUACAUGAUGGCAUUGACUUUUAUUCAACAAUUACUCGUGCAAGGUUUGAGGAAUUGAACAAAGACCUCUUCACAAAGUGCAUAAGAAUUGCAAAAAAGUGUCUUAGGGAUGCCAAAUUUGACAAGGGGAGUAUUGACGAGGUUGUCCUGGUUGGUGGGUCUACAAGAAUUCCUAAAAUUCAACAGCUAGCACAGGACUUCUUUAAUGGGAAGGAUCUAUGCAGGAGCAUCAACCCUGAUGAGGCUGUUGCUUAUGGUGCUGCUGUUCAAGCUGCCAUUUUAAGUGGGCAAGGAAAUGAAGAUCUACAAGACAUUGUCUUGAGAGAAGUCACCCCAUUGUCUUUAGGGUUUUCAUUAGAUAAUGGUCUCAUGGAAGUAGUAAUUCCAAGGAACACUAGUAUUCCCACAACGAUGCGGGUUGAUGAUAUUACUACUGUGCGUGACAACCAAACAGAAGUCCAUUUUGACAUUUUUCAGGGUGAGAGAGCAAAGGCAGAGGAUAACUACUUGCUGGACUCAUUUUAUAUAAAAAUUCCCCCAGAACCAAAGAGUGUUCCUAAGUUCAAUGUUUGCUUUUCCAUUGAUGAAAAUGGUAUUUUGAAUGUCUCUGUAAAGGAAACUAGAACAGGGAUCGAGAAUAGGAUAACCGUAAUCAAAGGAAAAGGAAGACUAUCGAAGGAACAAAUUGAAAGGAUGGUUCAAGAAGCGGAGAAAUACAGGGCCGACGAUGAGACGCACAGGAAGAAAGUUAAAGCAAAGAAUGAUUUGGAGGACUAUAUAUACAAAAUCAGGUCUGCAAUGAAUAACAAGGUGAAUGGCUCAAGUUUUUCCGCUCAAGACAAGAAGAAGACGGAGGAUGCUAUAGAAAGAGCCUUAAAGCUUGUUGAUGUCCAGCAGCUUGCCAAAGUUAAUAAGUAUAAGAAAGAGAUGAGAAAGCUCGCGGAAGUAUCAUUGAAGAUGGGUAUUUAGGCAUAUGCCAGUUGCUUCUGUUUCUGGACAUGGUAGGUAGUGGGUUCACUUCUGCUUUGCUGUAAUUUUCGUGGGAUUGUUAAUGGUUCAAUCUGAUUUGGCGGUUUAGUUAAUUUCCAUUUUGUGAAUCUCUUAACUACGUGCACUUGAUAGUUGAUACAUUUUGGUUAAUUAUAAUUUAGCCGUUGGCGUCUCAUUUAAAUUGCUGAUAUAAAUGUUAAGAAAGGCCUCGCAUAG